CUUCUUUGGAGCCUCUGAUUCCUCGAGAGCCAGGAAACAUGUCUUACCAGCAGCAGCAGUGCAAGCAGCCCUGCCAGCCACCUCCUGUGUUGAUACCUGAGCCUUGUCCCCCUCCAAAGUGUCCUGAGCCUUGUCCCCCACCAAAGUGCCCUGAGCCUUGCCCACCACCAAAGUGCCCUGAGCCUUGCCCACCACCAAAGUGCCCUGAGCCAUGUCCACCUCCUUCAUGCCAACCUGUGCAGUGCCCACCUCAAUUAUGCCAGCAGAAGUGCCCUCCUGUUCAACUGUGCCCACCCUGCCAACAGAAUUGUCCACCCAAGAGCAAGUAACUGCACCAACAUUCAACAGGACCAUGAAACUACAAGAUCCAGGAUCUUCUUAGUCCCAGGACUCCAUUGUCCUCCUUUCAGCCAUGGUGACAGACUGCAUCUUCACUAAUCUCCCACCUGGAUUGACUGCUGACAGAUAAAAGGCUUGUCAGAAGAUGAACAAAGUAUCAUCACCUGAUACGGCUUUGCCAUCUGUCUGUCUGUAAUAUGAGUGGUGAUCGCUA